AAACCUGUGAAGCGGCCAGUCGUUAGGUUGAGUUCACAGCGUCCGACCGCGCGGAGUAACCGCGCAAAACUUUACGCUGUCGAAGUAAUGUGUAUUGGUGGAUAGUGUAUAGUGUAUGGACAUUUUAAAUUAAAGUGUUGUGAUUAUGGCCGAUGAGAAGAGAUCUUCUAAAUCUGCUGUCAACAACCAGUCAUGCCCUACUAUGGUUCUAUGAACGACUCAGUGCCUUUCAUAAAAAAUGGCACGCCCGCUACUAUUAUCAAGAAGCCAGCGCCGGCGCAAAAGGCAAGCAAGCAAGGCAGGGGGAAAGCCCUGCGUCAAGUACUGGCUUCGUUUGUGGCCAACCUGGGCACCAUAAACACUGGCAUGGCUUUCGGAUUCUCCGCCGUGGCCUUACCGCAGUUAAAGAGCGAGAACUCGACGCUGCACAUCACUGAGAGCGAAGCUAGUUGGAUUGCCAGUCUCAGCGCGGCAGGAACUCCAAUAGGAUGCAUACUCAGCGGCUACCUCAUGGACAGUAUUGGCCGUCGGCUCACUCUGAUUGUUACUGAAAUCCCAUUGAUCCUUGGCUGGCUCCUCGUUGCAUCAGCGCAGAAUGUCCCCAUGAUGUACAUAGGCAGGUUGUUAAUCGGUUUUGGUUCUGGAAUGGUCGGCGCUCCGGCUAGAGUGUACACUUGUGAAGUAUCCCAACCCCAUCUACGAGGUAUGCUCGGCGCUCUGGCAUCCGUCGGCGUGUCUACAGGAGUCUUGAUACAGUACGUGAUAGGCAGUGCGACAUCAUGGAACAUACUAGCAGGAGUGAGCGCUAUAAUACCAAUGUUGUCUCUGCUCGGAAUGAUCCUCGUCCCGGAGACUCCCAACUUCCUCCUCACGCAAGAUAAGAGGGAGAGAGCUGAAAGCAGUCUCGCCAAGCUGAGAGGGUCUACUUGCAACCUCGACGAGGAGAUACAGAAGAUGAUCGCGUUCAAAGAGAAAAAUCAUGUUGAACCAUUGAAAGGUCCAAGGCAAAUCAUCAAGGCGUUGCUGUCUCCGUCUGCUUUGAAGCCGUUCGGGAUCCUCGCGAUAUACUUCUUCGUGUACCAGUGGUGUGGCGUCAAUACCAUCACCUUCUACGCUGUUGAAGUGUUUGCGUCGUCAGGAGCGACGCAAAAGGAGAAGUAUUGGCUGACGAUAUCAUUGGGUGUUCUUCGCGUGAUCUUCACUGUAGUCGGAUGCGUGAUGUGCAGGCGGUUUGGAAGACGGCCCCUCACAUUUAUUUCUGCUAUCGGUUGCGGGUCCAUGAUGAUCGUCCUGGCUGUGUACAUGUACUUCAUAAACUACUGGAAGGCGAACAACUUGCCAGCCCAGUACUCUUGGGUUCCGAUCGCCAGCAUCUAUAUCUUUAUGAUCUGCUGCACGCUCGGGUAUCUCAUCGUACCCUGGGUCAUGAUUGGUGAAGUUUAUCCUACUCAGGUCCGCGGCAUCGUCGGAGGUAUGACGACGUGUGUGGCGCACAUGUCUGUCUUCUCCGUGGUCAAGACAUUUCCGUUCCUGAAGCACUGGCUCCACGAUUACGGAGUGUUCGGUCUCUAUGGUGCCAUGUCACUUACCAGUAUCAUCUUCUUCUACUUCUUCUUACCUGAGACAAAAGGCAAGACACUCCAAGAAAUCGAAGACUACUUCUCGGGCAGAACAAAAUCGCUGAAUAAGAAAAACAGCAUCCACAGUGCACAAACCGUUGCGACUGCUUGAGAUGAUUGUGAAGUGUGGACUUUUAAGUGACUUAGAAAAAAUUAUAUUGUACAUACAUGUAGAUAAAAGGCACAGGGAAAUGCCCCAACAUGCUCAAAACAUAGAAAAUUAAAUCUCAUCCAAAGGAUUAUGAAGUAAGUUUCUGUUCAAAUAUAUAUUUAUUUAUUGUAUGAAGUACGACUUGCAGAUAUUUAUAACAUAAACUACAUCUUUACUAUCGGAAUAAAUACUGCAUUUUCUAAAUGAAAAAUAGAGAUGCAGAAAAUAUUUUUGAAUCAUUAGAAUUGUACGUGCUUAUUUCUAGUUCCCGCCAUGCAAUAUAUGUAGCUACAAGCGGUUACUUUGCAAAAGCGACAACUGGGAACUUACUUUUCUGCUAACCUGGUUCUCCCUGGGUUCUGCCCACCUACUUAUCUAAACUGUUCUUGUCGUGAUGUAAUAUUUGGAUUUAAAAUAUUCCGUUUCCUCGUAUACCUAGUUAAUGAAUAAUAAAAUCUUGUUCAAAGUAGGUGAUCUAACCUAACUGACGUCUAUUAAUCUACAGUUUUUAAAAAGCAUUUGCUUUUAAUAACGUAUGUGCCUUCAGAUUGCCUUGUAUUUCCAUCAAAAUGUCUUGGGAAUUUUUCCCGACUUAUAUUUUUAUAUUUUAUAUCACUUAGAUCUUUAUCUAAGUGUUUUGUACGUAUGUAAAUUGUUAAGAUAUUUUUAACAGUGUUCAAUAACACAUUAUUGUGAUGUUGUAUAUUUUGUGAGAAGUAUUAAUUUGUAUAAUUAUAUUUUGAUAAGAUUGUACUUUAUGUGCCAUUUAACGCUAUAGUAGAAAUUGUGAUUAAAAUGAUGACUUCAACGUUGUACAGUAGACCCAAUAAUAUUAGAACCCAAAGACGCUUAUAAAGCACAUUAAAAUAUGUAAAAAUUUAUAAUGUUUUAAUGUAAGUUGAAGAAAAUGUUACCUUAGCAUGCAAUGCAUUUUAAAUUCUAAUUUAUUUAUAUGUAAAUUUAAGCAUUUGUGAUAGAGAGUUGUAUAUAGUGAAAUUUGUUGGAUUUAUCCAAUUAAUAAAAAUGUUAAGAAACA